UUUUUUUUUUUUCAUCUCGAGAAUUUAAUAUUCAGCCUUCCUUCUGAUGCAAUCAGCUAGCCGAAUUUUGAGAGCUGCUUCUCGUCAAGCUCCUAUUGUACGACGUACCUUUCAACAAACAAGAUUAAACUCUACUGUUGCCACUGAAGCACCCAAGAAAGGUUAUUCAAAGUGGAAAAUUGUAAAGAACACAGCCAAAUGGGGUACUGCAGGUUUUGUUGGUUACACUUUUUAUUCCAUGUAUGAACACCUUCAUCCUACCACAAACCCUACUCCUUUUGAUCCUAGCAAGAAGACCAUUGUUGUUCUCGGUAGUGGCUGGGCUAGUACUUCAUUCUUAAAGGCUAUCGAUACCGAGCUUUAUAAUGUUGUCGUUGUUUCACCUCGUAACUACUUUUUAUUCACACCUCUUUUGCCUUCCUGUACUGUCGGUACUCUUGACUUCCGUUCUCUCGUUGAGCCCAUUCGUUUCAUUACUCGUCACAAGCUCAGUGAAGUCAAGGUCUAUGAAGCUGAAUGUACUGAUAUCGAUGCUGAAAAGAAACAAAUUACUAUUGUCGAUAACUCCGAGAUCAAAGGUGAGAACGAGACCAGCACCAUUCCUUAUGACUACUUAGUCAUCGGUAUUGGUGCUCAAAGUCAGACUUUUGGUAUUAAGGGUGUUGAGGAAUAUGGCUGUUUCCUUAAGGAAGUUUGGGAUGCUCAAAAGAUUCGUACCAAGUUAAUGGAUUGUAUUGAAACUGCUGCUUUCCCUGGUCAAUCUCCCGAGGAAAUUGACCGUUUGUUGCAUAUGGUCGUUGUUGGUGGUGGUCCCACUGGUGUUGAAUAUGCUGCUGAACUUCACGAUUUCUUAGUGGAUGACUUGACAGCUUGGUAUCCUGAACUCGCUGGUAAGGUCAAGAUUACUCUUGUCGAAGCUUUACCCAACGUUCUUCCUGCUUUCUCUAAACAAUUGAUUGAUUACACCGAAUCCACCUUUAAGCAACAAAACAUUCAAAUCCACACAAAGACCAUGGUCAAGGAAGUAAAGGAAAAAGAAAUCAUUGUCCAAGGUCCCAAUGGUGAAAAGGAAGCUAUGCCUUACGGUCUCUUGGUCUGGGCCACUGGUAACACAUCUCGUCCUUUGGUCAGAAACUUGAUGGCGAAGUAUCCUGAAGCUCAAAAUAUCCGUCGUGGUUUGGCUGUUGAUGACUGGCUCAGAAUGGCCGGUACUCAAGAUAUUUAUGCUCUUGGUGAUGCUACUGCUACCAAGUAUGCACCCACAGCUCAAGUUGCUGCUCAACAAGGUAAAUACCUUGCUCGUGUCUUUGCUCAACUUGCUGCUGUUGAAAAGCACGAAGCCGAAUUGGAAAGCGCUACUGAUGAAGAAAAGGCAAAGAAGCUUCGUAAGUUGCAAAAGGCUCAAGAUAUCAAACCUUUCCAUUACUCUCACCAAGGUUCCCUUUGUUACAUUGGUUCUGAUAAGGCUAUUGCUGAUUUACCUCUUGGUCCCGGUAACUUGGCCUCUGGUGGUGUUGCUACUUAUGCUUUCUGGCGAUCUGCUUAUAUCUCCAACUUGUUCUCUGUCCGUAACAAGUGGUUGGUCAUUACUGACUGGACAAAGAAGACCCUUUGGGGCCGUGAUAUUUCUAGAGAGUAGAUUGCUUUCAUUAUUACAUUCCUUUUUGCAUUAUAAGAUAAAUUCCAGGAUUUUUUUAAUUUAUUU